AUGAGGUUCUCAAAGAGCGCAUUGGCCAGCUUGCUGCUGACCGUGGCCAUCAGCAAUGCCCAGCAACUUCAGAACCAAACCGAGAACGCCACCGGUGGUGCCAUCGAGGCAGGCGGCAACCGAGCCGCACCCGGAGCCGAGGUCGGAGCUGGAAACGGUGCCCAGCUGGGAAACCCUGGGAAUGAGGGAAAAAACGAGGCACGCCCGGAAGGAGACAACGGUCGGGGCCAGGGCCAGGGUAACGGACGGGCCGGCGAGCAGAACGAGAAGGAGCAGGGCAACGGAGAACGCCAACAAGGAGACCGGAACAGCGCCGAAGGUAACGGUCGAGGCAACGCUGGCAACAAGGAUGCUGAGGUAGAGCGUCCGACUGGAGAGGACCGGGAACAAGGACAGGGCAAAGGAAAAGGUAACGGAAACGGAAACGGCGCCGGUGCUGGUGCUGGUGCUGGUGCUGGUGCCGCCGGUGGCGCAGGAGGGCUUCGAGAGCUUCCUGGGGCGAACAACAACAACAACAACAACAACAACGAUAACACUGCCGUCCCAGCCAGCCAACUGCAGGAGCUCCCAUCUCUCCCUCCCGCCUUCACCCCUAUCUCAGAGCGAACAGGCACCACCACCCAGGUUGGCAUUUUCACCAGCCCUCCUGCCGCUAGUGUCCCUGCCUCCGGCCGUGCCACCACCACCCCAGGAGCUCUGCUACCACUCCCUGGGCAGAACAACGCCGCGCCUGUUGCCACUCCUGGACGGACCACCCCUGGUGUUAUUGUAGUUGUACCCACCUCUGCAGCCGCAGUCGUCUCGCCGUCCGCCCCUCCCGCCGCUUCGUCGGUGCCUCCCGUGGCCCCUUCUGCGCCCCCCGCUGCUGCCUCGCCCGUACGCGGUAUCCAAAGUUUCUCUCGGAUCAACAGUGCCGUGCCAACGGUUAGCGCCUCGAGCGCUCUUGUCUCUGAAGCCUCAUCGGUCACAGUGCCUGCCUCUGGAGCUUCUGAGCUUCCUGUUCUCUCCUCUGUUGCACUGCCCGAAGAAUCAUCGGCCAUUCCAUCGAGCGCCGUCCCUGUACCAUCUCUGAGCGUCCCACCGGUAGAAGCGCCUGCGGCAACCACCCCUGUGCUUUCCGCCUCGCCCGAAGCCUCUGUCAGCCCUGUUCUCUCAGGCCUUCCCGCAGUUCCCACAGGCACCGACCCGGCCGCGCCAUUCCCUGUUACCAACUCGACAGAAGGCACUGUCGGCGUUGCAGACCCCGUGACCUCGGGUGUCCCCGAAGCCCUCCAGCCCCUCCCUGGCGCCGAUCCGACCAACACCACGGCCCCUGGUGCGCUCGAGCCCCUGCCAGGUGCUAUCAACUCUACUACGCCUGAGGACGACGCCGCGGCUGGUAACGGUACCACCUUGGUCCCUCUGCCUGAUGCUACUAACUCUACCGAGGGAGGUGCUGCCGGUAACGGGACCUCUCUGACGCCUCUGCCUGGUGCCACUAACUCUACUGAAGGCGGCGCCGCCGGUAACGGCACCACUCUGGCGCCUCUGCCCGGCGCCGCGAACUCGACCACCGGCGGCAACUCCACCCUUAUUCCUCUUCCAGGCGCUACCAACUCCACCACUGGGGGAAACUCCACCCUUACUCCUCUGCCCGGCGCCGCGAACUCGACCACCGGCGGUAACUCCACCCUUGCUCCUCUGCCCGGCGCCGCGAACUCGACCACCGGCGGUAACUCCACCCUUGCUCCUCUGCCCGGCGCCGCGAACUCGACCACCGGCGGUAACUCCACUCUUACUCCCCUGCCCGGUGCAACCAACUCCACUACUGGCGGCGCUCUUCGGCCCUUGCCAGGAAACACCAACUCUACCACAGGCGGAAAUGCCAGCCUUGCCCCUCUGCCCGGCGCCACCAACCCUACCGAUGGCGGCGCUUCCCAGCCCCUCCCGGGCAACACCGACUCUACGAGGGGUGGAAAUGGAAACGCCAACCCCACCCCUCUGCCUGAUGCCACCGACUCUACCGAAGGUGGUGCUUCUCAGCCCCUUCCGGACACCGACUCCACGAGGGAUGGAAAUGAAAACGCCGACCUUGCCCCCCUGCCCGGUGGUACCAACUCGACGACGGGCGGGGGCUCCAACUCGCAGCCCCUACCUGGAACCGGCGGACGCACGGCAAGCAGCAGCCAGACCCUCCCUCCCCGCCCUACCGGGACUGGUGCGGCCGGCCUCCCCAGCGGUGUUGCUGGUGUCGGCGGCACCGCGACGGCCGGCCUUCCCAGCGGUGUUGCUGGUGUGGGUGGCACCGCGACGGCCAGGCCGACCCUGUCGACCAUCGUCGCUUCCAACGGCUUCACUUCGGUGCUGACGGUGCCCAACGCGGCUCAAACCGUCGCCUUCCCCGGUGGCGUGGUGCAGGGCCAGGGCCCGGACAACGCUGCUGGAUCCUUGGCAGCAACUAGGGUCCUUGCGGCGAGCAUCGCCGGACUUGUUGGUGCUUACCUCGUGAUGUAA